AUAUAUAUUUAUAUAAAUUAUCAUAUUUUUAUGUGCAUAGACUAAGUAUAGUUUAUUUUCAAUGUAUUAUGUAGAUGUAUCUAUAAUAUUAUUGUGUUAUUGACGUAAUAAAUAAAAGACACUUUAAUGGCUUACACUUGAGAAGUUAAAACAAUCACGUUGUAAUGAACACUUUUUGAUAGUUAUAAUAAUAAAAAAAGUUUCAUUUACCAAGUAAUCAACUUGCAAUUUAAUCGUAAUAAUCUGUUAAAAAUUUCAUCUUAAUGGGGGCGUUUCAUUGUAAAUCGUGUCAGAAUGGCGAAGAUAAUACAAACAUAUUUAGUAAUCAUCCGUCAACUGAAAGUGAACGAAGACGAUUUCUUUUUGGUAGACAACGUAUUCGCACUGGUUCAUUAAAACAAACUGAUUCUUUAGUACUUCAAACAUUAAGUGUCAUUAAAAAUUUGGGACUUAUCGAUAAUGGUUCAGAAGCUCCAGAAGCGUUACGCAAAUUACAUUGGCUGGCCGAUGAUGGUGAAGGUUGGAUUCAAGUAGUACUAUCAAUGAUUCAUGUAAUUCCUCUUGAUGAUCCACUAAGUCCAGCACUUAUAACAGUUAUUCUGGAUGAUUGCCCUUUACCUGACAAGGACACGAUAAUAAAGUUAUCAUUUAUGUUAGACCUUUCAAAUAAAACACCUAAAUGUAAGACUAUUGACCAGCAUCGUAAUAUAUGUGUUAUUUUGGGUAUACUUGCUGAUAAAUUGCCUGGACCAUCAAGUAUUGCUUUAUUAACAAAAGAAACUUUGACUUAUCUUUUUAAUAAUAUGAAUUUACAAGUACAUCCAUCAAUUAUUCUUUUUUCAUUAAUUGCUCUUGAAAAAUUUGCACAAAUAAGAGAAAAUAGAUACACUAUAGAACGUUUUAUGAAAACUGGACCUUUAGCUAUGUUAACAAUAUUUGAAAGACUAACUGGUUCUGACCAACCUCUAUAUGCUCAAGUUGGAUUUUGUGCUGAAUGGUUGUUGGAUAAUAUAUUUGUAGAUAAUCAGAGAUCACUUUCCUACAUCAAUACUACUAUGGAAGGUGUAAAUGCAAUCUUAAAUCAAGAAGAUGCUAGUGAAUAUUUAAAACUUGGUCCUAGUGGGUUAGAGGCAAGGUGUGAUGCAUGUAGCUUUGAAAGUGUAAGAUGUACUUUUCAAAUUGAUGAAGGCACUUGGUAUUAUGAAGUAACUAUCCUAACAUCUGGAGUUAUGCAAAUUGGAUGGUCUACUAAAAACUCUAAAUUCUUUAACCAUGAUGGAUAUGGUAUAGGUGAUGAUGAACACUCUGUUGCUUAUGAUGGCUGUCGACAAUUAGUUUGGUAUGGAGCUCGAUGUACUAGUUGUGUGUCAGGUCGAUCAUGGAAAGAAGGAGAUACUGUAGGUUGUUUGUUACGACUUGAAACUCCAUCUCCUUGUGCAUCAUUUUAUUUGAAUGGUCAAAUAGUGGCUUCUAAUGACAAAAUAUUUCAAUUCGCCAAAUCAGAGUUUUUUGCUGCUGCCAGUUUUAUGACUUUUCAACAAAGUCGAUUUAAUUUUGGCAGUAAACCAUUUAAAUAUGCUCCCAAAGGUGUUAAAUUCAAUAUAAUGAAUACACAUGGAAAAUUAGAUGAUACUCAAAAGAUAAUUUUACCCAAGCGCAUGAGAUUAGAAUUGUUGGGUAAACAAACAGCUGAUGAGGAUUCUUGUACUAUAUGCUUUGACCGUAAAGCUGAUGUAAUAUUUUAUCCCUGUAAACAUGAUGGAUACUGUAAAAAUUGUGCACAACAACUAACUUUGUGUCCUGUAUGUCGGCAAAUAAUUGUUAGGCAUCAAGAAAUAAAUGACCGAUCAGUAAUAGCACCGACUACUAAAAUCCUAGUCAGCUAACCUAGUUCAGUAUGAUCUCUUCUUCAAAUAAAUAACAAGUGUGAUUAUUAAUAGAAAUAUUUUAUAUAUAUGAGUGUACAUAUAUAAUUGAACUUUAAAUUUUGUAUGUAUAUAUAACAUGUUUAAAUAAAUAUAUAAAAUUAAUUUUUUUAACAAA